GGCAUCCGCCUGGAGGCCAGCGGGGCCCCUGCGGGAGGAUGCGCCGCGCCCCGCGCCCCGCGCCCUAGGUCCCGGCCAUCGCCGCCGGACCCGCGGCCCAGGGACCCCGGCGGGCGCGGAUGGAGGCGGCGGCCGGACGCCUGCGGGCGCGGACAUUGCCUGCUGCUGACCAGCCCAGGAUUUAUGGGGAGACCCCCCGGGGGCAGCCCUGAGUACUGCCACGCCCAGCACCGCGCCCGCUGCUGAGGAGGCCCGUGCCCCUGGCUCUCACCAUUGCCCUCAUCCGCCCAUGGCCUCCGCUGCCCGGCGGGGGGCCGGCUCCGCCUGAGCCCGCCGCUGCCCUCCAGGACUGGCCGUACCCCGAUGGGGUAACGUGACAGGGGCCCUGUGUGUCCCGGCCGCCUCUUGCCCCUGCCUGAGAUCCUGGCCAGGCUGCUGGAGUCUGCUGAAUUCAAGUUCACAUUUCCUCUGGUCCCUGGGGGUUUGGGGCCCAUCCACCGAUGCGGACGGGGUGUCCCCAGCAGCGGGCGCAGUGGUGGACAAAGCCACGGCGGCCAGAGUCACUCUGGGUUGCUUAAGUUUUGUUUGCUGAGGUUUUGUUUUGUUUCAUUUUUGUUGUUUUGGUUAUUUUAUUUUUGCCUCUUUAUAAUUACCCAAUUCUGAGGGACAGGAGUUCGGAGCUGCCCGUUUUGCUUCUGGGGGGCUCUUUGGUUCCCUUUCUUUUUUAAAGACUUGGCUUUUCUUCUUUAACUACCGCAGCAUCGGGCUGCACUCCCCGUCCUGAGUAUUUGCACAAUAUUUGUGCUGGGUUUGGGGACAGGGUUUUUUUAAGCAUUUUUCCCCUUAGACAAGCAUAGGAGUUUGGGGGCUGGUGGGCCUCUCUGGUUGUGUCCCUGAGACCUCUCGCCCGGCCCCCCUUCCUGGCGGGGCGAGCCAUGGCCUGGAUGAACCGGCCGGCCCCCGUGGAGCUCAGCUACAAGAACAUGCGCUUCCUCAUCACCCACAACCCCUCCAACGCCACCCUCAGCACCUUCAUCGAGGACCUGAAGAAGUACGGGGCCACCACCGUGGUGCGCGUGUGCGAGGUCACCUACGACAAGGCCCCGUUGGAGAAGGACGGCAUCACCGUGGUGGACUGGCCUUUUGAUGACGGGGCGCCCCCGCCCGGCAAGGUGGUGGAGGACUGGCUGAGCCUGCUGAAGGCCAAGUUCUGCGAUGACCCCGGCAGCUGCGUGGCCGUGCACUGCGUGGCCGGCCUGGGACGGGCCCCGGUCCUCGUGGCGCUGGCCCUGAUCGAGAGCGGCAUGAAGUACGAAGACGCCAUCCAGUUCAUCCGACAGAAGCGGCGCGGAGCCAUCAACAGCAAACAGCUCACCUACCUGGAGAAGUACCGGCCCAAGCAGAGACUGCGCUUCAAAGACCCGCACACGCACAAGGCCAGAUGCUGCGUCAUGUAGCUCGGGCCCCGGCCUGGGGGCUCGCGGCCGGCCGGAUGUCUUGUCACCUCUGUUUGGGCCUGUGUCUGUCUGUCUGUCCCCAUGUCUGCCAUUUUCUGACCCUGCCUUUUCCUUUGUCUGUCUCUGUACCCCCAGUCUGUCUGCCUGUCUCCCACAUCUCUGUCUGUCUGUCUCUCUGAGCCGAGGCCCGCCCUCUCUGUCCCUGGCCCUCCAGCCCCGGGGCCCCCUGCUAGCGCACCUGCACGCCACCCCCGGGCUGACCGCCGCUGGGUCUUGGGGCGGGUGUGCUUUUUAGCCCCGGGCCGGCCCCUCCUGGGCAGCCCCCCCACAUGGCCUGUGCUCGGUUCUCGGGGCCCUGAGAUGUUCCAGACACUCGAAGGCAAUAAAACAGGCCCCGUGACUGUG